UGGCGGGUAAACAGAUUUGUAUUUUUUCAAGUGUUUUUGAACUAAUUUUGUUCAUAAUGAAGCUUGAAUUAUCCUUCCUUCCACCUUAACUACARCUGAACUACUUCUACAAGGCUGUCGCAUUGAAAAAAGCUGGAAAACUUUCUAGGAACGAGACAAAAUGAGCAUUUUGGGCCGACGUUCGUUGGAAGUGUAUGACCGAUGACAGACGUCAGGAACGAAAACUUGCUCAGAAAUUUUAUAAUGUAGUAAUGGAAGACCUGAAGUCUAGAGUYCUAACGUUUAUUGAAGAAAACCAAAGUUUUGAGGGAAUUUUAUCAGAGACAUAUAAUGAAGGUAAAGCAUCUCCAGAUAGUUUACAGCUUGGAUUCAAAGAGGAUUCUGGUUCAGCUGACGAUUGUGUACAUGUGUUGAAAAACCAGGCCAAAAGGGCUUCCUGUGCAUUGGACCUCUUGGCUGCCGAGUCCUUGGCUAAAGGAUUGGUUAAAGAAGUCUUGACUGGUUGCCAUGGAAAUGGUCAGCAGUUCCUUGACCAGAAGCAAAAUGCUGUUGUUUCYACCAUCAUAAAGAUAAUCAAGAUCCUUCUAUCAGAGAAGUCUUUUAACAGAGUCCACUUUGCCAAGUGUCUUUCCUCAGAAAACAAACAAGAGGGCCAGAUUCUUCCUAUAGAAGUGUUCUGGAGACUCCACACCUGUCACAUCUUGUCCUUCAACACAUAUCUCGCCUGCUGUUCCUCUAAUCCAUUAUCAUGCCAGGCAAUAACCAAAGGUUUGAUAGAUAUCUGCAAUGCUACAUCACUCUCACAACAAGAAAAAGAGAAACAAGAAAGCAUGCUGUCAGUACUUCUUGCUGUUAUUGUACCAUUGGGAUACAAAGAGAAGGAUAAAGAUAAGGAACCAAAGAGAACGAACCUAGAGAAGAUUGCAGAGGAUAUACUUCAAARUGUGAUAGAUGGCUGCAGCAAACCAAGCAUCUCAGCUGAUCAUACCACAGAAGAGGCUAACAGCAUUGUAUAUGCAUCAUCCUCAUGGUGA